AUGACGCAGGUCCUCUCUCUUAUUCUUGGUAAGAUCAAGCAGCCGAAGGUUAUUGCCGAAGUUAUCGGCGGCAUUCUUCUAGGACCCACGGCAUUUGGUCGUAUUCCAGGCUUUACAGAGCAUGUCUUCCCCGCAGACUCUAUCCCUUACCUCACGCUCGUCGCGAACAUUGGAUUAUGUCUCUUCCUCUUCCUCGUCGGCCUCGAAAUCGACGGCGAGAUCGUCAAGCGCAACUUCCGUUUGUCCGUCAUCAUCGCCCUCGCGGGCAUGGCGCUCCCCUUUGGCCUCGGUGCCGCCCUUUCUGUCCCCCUCUAUCACACGUUUAUUCCCGCAACGGUCAAGUUCACGAACUUCAUGCUCUUCACGGGCGUCGCAUACAGCAUCACAGCGUUCCCCGUGCUGUGCCGUAUUCUGACCGAGCUGAAGCUGCUUGACACGACGGUGGGCAUCGUGGUGCUCUCCGCGGGUGUCGGGAAUGACGUCGUCGGAUGGGUGCUCCUCGCGCUGAGUGUCGCGCUCGUCAACGCGGGCUCCGGCUUGACAGCGCUGUGGAUCCUCCUGAUCUGCGUCGCUUGGGCAUUGUUCCUGCUCCUCUUUGUCAAGAGGAUCAUGUACUGGCUCGCGCGCAAGACGGGCUCGAUCGAGAAUGGGCCGACGGUGUUCUUCAUGACCGCUACGAUCCUACUCCUUUUUGGCUCUGCGUUUUUCACAGAUGUCAUCGGGGUGAGUGCGAAUCUGCCUGCCUGUCGUUCGUAG